GAAACUUCAAGGGCAAGGUGAGUUUGCUAAUUCAAGCCUUCCGUCUUAUUCCUUGUGUAGAGUGAACGGGACAGGACUGGAAGGUUCUGCACAAUGAAGUUCUCUUUGUUUCUGGGCUUUGUGGCGGGGUCUAUUCUGGUUGUAGCCUCAGACCACAAAUUCAGUUCAGCACUGGAUGAAGAAUGGGAGAACUGGAAACUACAGUACAGCAAGCAGUACUCAGAGGGUGAGGAGAUCAACAGGAGAAUGAUUUGGGAAAGUGCCAUGAGUUACAUUGAACAGCACAAUCGAGAAUACUCAUUGGGGAAGCACACAUUUACUGUGGCAAUGAACCAAUUUGGAGAUCUGACCAAUGAAGAGUUCAAUACACUCAUGAAUGGAUUCCGCAUGAAUGAAGCUGAAAACUCAACUGAGGAAGAAGCUGAAGAAUAUGAUGGGCUUGAUGAUGAUGAUAAUGAAGGUGGUUUCGAGUCGUCAGGUACUGUUGACUGGAGGACAAAGGGUUUGGUUACACCAGUGAAGAACCAGGGACAAUGUGGCUCCUGCUGGGCCUUCAGUGCAACCGGAGCCCUCGAGGGACAGUGGAAGAAGAAAAAAAAUCAACUUAUUUCUCUGAGUGAACAGAACCUUCUGGAUUGUGACUAUAAUUCUUAUGGAUGCCGCGGUGGAUAUAUGGACAGUGCCUUCGCGUGUGUAAAGAGACUCCAUGGCAUAAACUCUGAAAGUACUUAUCCCUACACUGCACAGGAAGGAGACUGCAGAUUUCAGCGCAGCAAAGUCGUUGCCAGGAUUCGUACAUACACGCAGAGUAAGUAUACUGAAGGACGUUUAGCAAGAACAGUGGCCAGAGUUGGACCAAUUUCUAUUGCCAUUGAUGCAAGCCAAAGAUCCUUCCAGUUUUACAAUCAAGGCGUCUACUAUGAUCCAGAAUGCGGUUAUAAUGGUGUGAACCACGCAGUGCUGGCGGUUGGAUAUGGCACAGAGAAUGGAGUAAAAUAUUGGCUUGUUAAAAACAGUUGGGGAACAACAUGGGGUGACAAGGGCUACAUUAAAAUGGCGAAGGACAGGAACAAUAAUUGUGGAAUAGUCAAUUAUGUGGUCUUUCCAAUCGUGUAAAUGCUCCAACGUUCAACCAGAGCUUCAGAACUCGACCUGAAAAAUUGUGGAAACCUGCUAUUGCUUAUUCAUUCUACGCCGUUGCUUUAACGUUCUACAGCAAAUAAAAACAAGUCCAGGGGAAUAAUCGCAGCUUCUGCAUCUUCGUCAGUGUGGUAUUAAAGGCAAACUAAUGGUGUAUUGUUAACUGCAAUUCUGAGUGACAGUGUUAUUCAAGUUGUGUCGAGGCAAUGAGUUGUAGUGCUGAGAAAUUAAAGCUGCUGGCAAUCUC